GAGCGUUGUGAGGCAGCUAUCAAGAGCAAUAGUCUUCAUUUUUUUCAAAUAGAGAUGGAAUCACAGCUCGAGUCUUAUACAAGUGCAGAGAUUGGAUCAGGCGAGAGCGGUGAUGCUGUAGCACACGUCUUGUUUUUUUAGCUGAAAGCUCUUAUUCUAGACACCAUACAUGCCAUAGAUGUAGUCCAACAAUUGAUUAAGUCUUCUGUGAAAUCUUUGGAUGAUUGGAUAUGGCAGAAACAACUUCGAUUUUACAUGGGAAAGAAGUCGUGUGUUAUCCGCAUGUGCGAUGCUUUUUUUAAUUACACCUAUGAGUACCAAGGCAAUGCUCCUAAACUAGUCCACACCCCCCUGACUGAUAAAUGCUACUUAACCCUCACCCAAGGAUUUUUUUUGGGUCUGGGGGGAAACCCUUACGGUCCUGCAGGGACGGGUAAGACAGAGUCUGUGAAAGCCCUUGGAGGUUUGUUUGGUAGACAAGUUUUUUUCUUUAACUGCGAUGAGGGUAUUGAUGUCAAAUCCAUGGGCCGUAUAUUCAUCGGGCUUGUCAAGUGUGGUGCUUGGGGAUGCUUUGAUGAGUUCAAUCGUCUAGAAGAAGCUGUGUUGUCUGCAGUAUCCUUUUUUUUACAAACCAUCCAAGCAGCACUCAAAUCUAAAGUCCAGUCUACUGAACUAUUAGGCCGUACGGUAAACAUUGACUUUAAUUUUUUUUUCUUCAUCACUCUCAAUCCUGCCGGUAAAGGAUAUGGUGGCCGUCAGAAGCUCCCUGAUAACCUCAAGCAGCUGUUUCGACCAGUCGUUUUUUUAAGACCUGACAACGAACUCAUUGCAGAGGUUAUUAUGUUCUUUUUUUGCUUCAAGGAAGCGAAGAGCCUGGGUCGAAAACUUGUGGCUUUUUUUAACCUAUCAAAAGAACUACUUUCUAGACAGCAGCACUAUGACUGGGGUCUUUUUUUUUUUAAGACUGUACUACGUGGCUGUGGCAACUUGCUUCAUGUCGUCGUCCAAGCACUUCGCGUUAACACUCUUUUUUUUCUAACCUUCGCUGAUUCCAAGCGUUUUGAUGCGUUGGUUCUUUUUUUCUUCCCUGGGGUCGAUGCUCGAGGUGUAGAGUACKCMCAGUUUUUUUAUGCAUUACGUGCUGCGGCUGAGGAGAGCAAUCUUGUUGUUUUUUUUACCCAAGUGAAGAAAGCCCUUGAACUUUACGAGCAGCUUAUUUUUUUGAUGGGCGUGGUUAUCAUCGGUCCGUCGGGGUCUGGUAAGUUUUUUUUAUGGAGGAUUCUGAGGAUUGCGUUGGGAAAGAUUGGUCAAACUGUAAAACAGUAUACAAUGAACCCUAAAGCCAUGCCAAGGUUUCAGUUGUUUUUUUAGAUCGAYAUGGACACUCGCGAGUGGUCUGACGGGGUCCUCACGAAUGCUGCCCGACAGGUUGUUCGGGAACCCAUCGAUAUCCAGUUUUUUUUCAUWUGUGAUGGCGAUAUAGAUCCCGAAUGGAUUGAAUCCCUUAAUUCUGUACUUGACGAUAACAGACUUCUUACCAUGCCUUCUGGUUUUUUUAUUCAGUUUGGUCCCAAUGUGAACUUCUUGUUUGAGUCCCAUGACUUGAGCUGCGCUUCUCCUGCUACAAUCUCUCGUAUGGGAAUGUUUUUUUURAGCGAGGAAGAUACAGAUGUCAAAGCUUUAUUUUUUUCAUGGCUGCAAGGUCAGAGCGAAGAAGGAAGGCGUGUAUUUUUUUUUUGGCUAGAAGACUAUUUCUACAAGGCAUUAGAAUGGGUUUAUAAACAAAAUGACCUCGUUGUGGAAACUACCCGAGUAGGACUGGUCUUUUUUUGGUUGUCACACAUGCAUGGGGUCACAGUCAAGCAGCAGUUUGUCUGCAGUCUUAUCAGGGGACUGGGMGCUAAUUUGACGGCGUCUAUUUUUUUUGCAUUUGCUAAAGAGGUGUUUCACUGGACUCAUGAUUUUUUUCCCGACGCCAAGCGACCUUUAGACACCUACUACGAUCCUAUUUUUUUACGUCUAUUGUCCUACGAACUAGAGGUUCCUGACUCUUUAACUGUAGAAGAUUUUUUUUGAUCCACCACUAGUUUACCUGUUAUCAAAACGGCUGAUAUUUUUUUUGGACUUGACCUAUUCUCACCAUGGUUACAAAGCGAUAACAUUUUUUUGUUUCUGUUGGUUGGUCCUGAGGGUUGUGGAAAAGAUUUUUUUUUGCGAUACUGUUUUGAGCAGCUUCGCUCGACCCAGGUCGUUUUUUUCCACUGUAGUGCCCAGUCUUCACCCAAACACGUCCUACAGAAGCUACAGCAGAUGUGUAUGGUAAUAAGCACCAACACUGGCCGUGUGUACCGUCCAAAGGACUGUGAACGACUUGUGUUGUAUCUUAAAGAUCUGAAUCUACCUAAACCUGACAAAUGGGGAACUAGUCAGCUGAUAGCCUUUUUACAACAGGUCAUUACAUAUUUUUUUUUCUAUGAUGACAAUCUAGAAUGGGUGGGGCUCGAAGGGGUUUUUUUUGUGGCCUCAAUGAGUGCUGGUACCGGUAUGGGUAGACACGCUAUUACAACGCGGUUUACGUCCAUCGUAAGGGUAUGCGCCAUUGGAUAUCCUGAUCGAAAUCAGUUGCAAGUUUUUUUCGGUGCAUACCUACAUCCCGUACUGAGCAAGAAUCUACGCUUUUUUUCCGUGUGGGGAUCAAUACGAAAUGUUCAGACUCUUGCAGGUUCAAUGGUAUCAGUAUACGAACAGGUUCGGUCCAAGUUCACCGUUGACGAUUACUCGCACUACUUGUUUACCCCACGUGACCUUACCAACUGUUUUUUUGGCCUCCUCCGUUAUGACGUCAGUAUAGAAGACACCUCAGUUUUUUUGCUUUUAGAAGUCUGGGCGUACGAGGCGCGACGCUUGUUUUUUUUUUGAAUUGUUGGAAAACAGGGCUUAGACAAGUUUGACAGCAUACUUGCAUCCCAGCUACGAUCUGAUUGGUCAGUYACCUUUUUUUGA